CUUCAACAUGGACGAAUUGCCUAUAGACAACGCGCGCCAAAGUCUAAAAAUCAGCACGCACAUCAACUUUCAAGAUGCAUGGAUAGCCAGCACGGCUAACAAAAAUAUCACAUUGCACAGCUUCCGUCGAUUUAAAACUACGCAUUUACUAAAUUUACGUUUCCUAGAAGAUGAGAUUGCCCAAAUGGACCACAUUUUGUACAAAGCCGGCCUCAGCCUCGGCUUGCCUAUCUCCUCGUCCAAUCGGCUUGGUCUCAAGAAAAGCACAGGAGAACUCAACUUCCCAAAGACCGAUGAAGUAAUCACUCAAAAAUUUAUUGAAAAGCUUCGCAAUCUGUUGAAAGAAUAUGACGAAGCCCUAGAUGCCUUCAACAAAAUCAUGAUGAUGGAAACAAACUCCCUGAUCGACGACGAGCUACUCUCCAGCAUACAUAGCGACCUCAGCCUACGUAAACCCAUCAAACCAUGCGAGAUGUACAAGACAAGGCUAGUACGAGUAGAUCUCGGAACGCGAGCGCGCACCGAUCCGUUCCAGCGCUGGCUCCACAAGUCCCUACGCCGCUUCAGAUUACGGAAGCUGUUGAGGAAAUCCCAGGACAUUGAAGACCCGGUCAAAGUUCGGAUGAAGCACCACUACGACCAUUACCAACCAUGGUUGUACCCAGACACUCUUCUCAUAGCCGAGAUUACUGGGCGUCUACUCACCGCAGCAUUUACAGCCGUGUUUCUCAUCGCUCCUUUGGUUGUUCUGUCGCACGAGUCAUCUAAAAACAUUCAGUUGGCGAUUAUCGCGGCGUGGAUACUUGGGCUGUCAUUCCUCGUAUCGCUUUUCCUCAAAGUGACCAGCUUCGAGAUGAUGGCUGUGGCAGCAGCUUACGCUGCUAUUUUAUCUGUUUUCGUAUCCAACGUACCUACAGAUACUAAGACAGUUGUAAACUAGUUAAUCACAAGAGCGCUACGCAUGUACACUAUACUUAUAUACCUCAGUUAGACACUUCCAGGGCCACCUCUGCUUCUAUCAACUGCCAUCUCCUGCUUCCAAGCCAAAG